AUGGGCUCCACGCCCUCUCCCAUCCGCCUCGCCAUCCUCGAGGCAGACACCCCCCUGCCCGAGACCCAGGCCACCUACAAGGGCUACGGCGGCGUCUUCACGGCCCUCCUGCGCACCGCCGCCCUGACGCUGCCGACGCCCGCACCCCUCGACUCGCUCGUCACCAUCACGACCCACGACGUCGUCAACGACCCAUCGUCCUACCCCGACCCCGAUACCAUCGACGCCAUCCUCGUCACGGGCAGCAGACACACGGCCUACCACGACGAGCCCUGGAUCCUAGCCCUUGUCGACUACACCGCCCGCUGCCUCGCCACGGGCCGCGUCCGUGCCAUCGGCGUCUGCUUCGGCCACCAGAUCAUCGCCCGCGCCCUCGGCGGCACCGUCCGCACCUCGCCCAAGGGCUGGGAGGUCGCCGUCACCGACGUCACCCUGACCCCUGUCGCCCGCGACCUCUUUGGCCUCGAUGUCCUGCGCAUCCACCAGAUGCACCGCGACGAGGUCGUUGACGUGCCGUCCGGCGUCGAGAGCCUCGCCGCCACCGACACGUGUCCCGUCCAGGGCUACUACGCCAAGGGCCGGUACAUUGCCGUCCAGGGCCACCCCGAAUUCACGGGGCCUAUUGUCGCCGAGAUCCUCGCGAGCAGGCACAAGAUGGGUAUUUUUGACGACGACACGUACACCGAGGCCGUCGAGCGCGCCGGCAUCGAGCAUGAUGGUGUGGCCGUCGGCAGGGGGUUCCUGAAUUUCCUGCAGCAGUAG